UGGCCGCAAGGGGCGUGGCAGCGGUCGCUCGGGGCGGCCCGGCUGAGGGAGGCAGUAGCUGCAUUUGGGAGCCCGGGGCCGAAGCCGGGAGCCCGGGCGGUGCCAUAGCGGGCCGGGAAGGACUGGGAGUCCCCCGGCCGGUCGGAGCUGCGUCAGGCCCUGGUGGGAGACGCACCUGGCUUGGAGGAGCAGGCCCCGCCCGGGACAAGAAAGAGCGCAGAGACCAGCGCCUCCCGCGACUCGAGGCCCAGAGGAGCCGGGCGGGGGCGUCUUUUCGAAACGCAGGCAGCCGAGGGCCGACGCGUUCCCCGUGGCCGGCGGGAGGGGCGGGGGCGUCGCACGGAGGUGCCUGCCUCCCUUGGUGGCCAGGCCGUCUGCUUUCGUGUCCUCCCGUGACAGGUGCUCGGUUGGUCUGUCCUGUCAGAGCGAGGUAUGACCGUUGAGAUCUCAGAAUGAGACCGAGGGUUGGUGUCUGGGACUUUUCAGGAAGCGGUUCCUUAAGGACUUAUUUGUACGUGCAAAAGUCGGCAAAAACAAGGGCCCUGGGGCCAGAGUGUCCUCCCCAGACCCCUUCCCUGACUUGUCACUCAGGCUGUGACCUUGGGCCAGGCCUAGGCCUUCAUUUUCUAAUCUGUCACAGGGAGAUGGCUGCGAUUUAGUUUUGAGGAUGCUGCAGUCAGCAGCAGGGCUGGCACCCUGUGUCACAGGUACCUUGUGGCCUUGGGAGUGUUCGCGCGCAUCUCGGCAGCUUGGGUGCUGCUUAGGCAGCUUUCUUUGCCUUGUCUGAGCAAUCUGUAGCCUUGCACCUUCCGAAUCCCACAUACUUAAGACUUGUUCUUUCCACAGUGGCUCUCCAGGGAAGAGGGAGAGGUUUUAGGCCACUGGUAAGAGCCACCAAAGGUGAAGGUUGCUUUCUUUCAGGGGUCUCCGUGCUUGGUGACACUCUGGAGAAUAGUUUUUUUGGGGGGUGCUUAUAUUGAAGGCUUGGAUUUCAUAGGCUACAUCAUCUGGACUCAGUGUUCCCUAGGUCUCGGUCUUUUCAACCUGCCCUGUUGCUUAUGAAGCUGCAUCUGUGCUUCCAGCUCUUUGUUGUUUUGUGGAGUCCCAGGGUAGCCCUGGAGAGCCUCUGUGAGGAGAGGGGAGGGAAACGUGAUUUGGCUGCUUGACUCCUUGGAGUGUUCCGUCAAUGUUAAUGCUGAUGAAGGUUGGUGGGGAGAGGCCUGGACUUUAUUCAGGUUUUGAAGAAGGUUUUGUGAAGCAGCUUUGUAAUUUGGGAGGCCUGAAGUACCCAUGGGGGGCCCUGCAAGGCAACAGGCAUCUGUCAAAAGCACACCCAAGCAAGCGAGUUGUCGACAAUGUCACACUGCUUGACACUUGGUUUCCCUAAAGAGUCCUGUGCCUCUGGAGGGCUGGGGCUGAGUUGUGACCUUGUCUGCCAGUUCACUGCACCUAGCCCAGCGCUAGGCAUCUAAUAGGUGCUUGUCUGUGCCGUGGCCUCUGCUAACUGCUGACUUUGUUUCAGGCGCUAUGCUGGGCCUUCCUACCACCUGUGUGUGGCUUGGUAGUGGCCUAGGGUCUCUCCUCCCUGCUGAAGUCCCUCUCCUGCAGGUGGCCGUCUGCCCCGCCCAGCGCCAUGCACACGCUUGUGUUCUUGAGCACGCGGCAGGUGCUGCAGUGCCAGCCAGCUGCCUGCCAGGCCCUGCCCCUGCUGCCACGCGAACUCUUCCCCCUGCUGUUCAAGGUGGCCUUCAUGGACAAGAAGACAGUGGUACUGCGCGAGUUGGUACACACAUGGCCCUUCCCGCUGCUCAGUUUCCAGCAGCUGCUACAGGAGUGUGCCCACUGCAGCCGUGCCCUCCUGCAGGAGCGGCCUAGCACUGAGAGCAUGCAAGCCGUUAUCCUGGGGCUGACUGCCCGGCUCCACACCCCAGAGCCUGGGGCCAGCACACAGCCGCUCUGCAGGAAGCAUGCGCUGCGGGUGCUGGACAUGACAGGCCUCUUGGAUGAUGGUGUGGAACAGGAUCCUGGCACCAUGAGCAUGUGGGACUGUACUGCUGCCGUGGCUCGCACAUGCAUCGCCCAGCAGCAGGGGAGCGCCACAGAGCCUGGGCCAGCCCCCAUCCCCGUGGAGGUGCGUGUGGACCUGCGGGUGAACCGGGCCUCCUAUGCCUUCCUGCGGGAGGCACUCCGAAGCAGCGUGGGCAGCCCACUGCGGCUCUGCUGCCGGGACCUGCGAGCUGAGGACCUGCCCAUGCGCAACACUGUGGCCCUGCUGCAGCUUCUGGAUGCAGGCUGCCUGCGCCGUGUGGACCUGCGCUUCAACAACCUGGGCCUGCGUGGCCUGUCUGUAAUCAUUCCACACGUGGCUCGCUUCCAGCACCUGGCCAGCCUGCGGCUCCACUAUGUGCAUGGGGAUUCAAGGCAGCCCUCCGUGGAUGGCGAGGACAACUUCCGCUACUUCCUUGCCCAGAUGGGCCGCUUCACCUGUCUGCGCGAGCUCAGCAUGGGCUCCUCUCUCCUUUCAGGGAGGCUGGACCAGCUGCUCAGCACCCUGCAGAGCCCCCUGGAGAGCCUGGAGUUGGCCUUCUGUGCUCUGUUGCCUGAGGACCUGCGCUUCCUGGCACAGAGCCCCCAUGCUGCCCACCUCAAGAAGUUGGACCUGAGUGGUAACGACCUGUCUGGCAGCCAGCUGGCACCCUUCCAGGGUCUGCUGCAGGCAUCAGCAGCCACACUGCUGCAUCUGGAGCUGACUGAGUGCCAGCUUGCAGACACCCAGCUGUUGGCCACACUACCCAUCCUGACUCGGUGCACCAGUCUCCGGUACCUUGGCCUCUAUGGCAACCCACUGUCCAUGGCGGGCCUCAAGGAGCUGUUGCGGGACUCAGUGGCGCAGGCUGAGCUGCGUACUGUGGUGCACCCCUUCCCUGUGGACUGCUAUGAGGGCUUGCCCUGGCCGCCGCCUGCCUCUGUCCUGCUGGAGGCCUCUAUCAAUGAGGAGAAGUUUGCCCGCGUAGAAGCGGAGUUGCAUCAGCUGCUUUUAGCCUCAGGCCGUGCCCAUGUGCUCUGGACCACGGACAUCUACGGGCGACUGGCUGCAGAUUACUUCAGCCUAUGAUGAAGUAGCUCUGGGUGAGACACAGGCUGUCCUGCAGUCUCUUUAGCCUUAUCCUUAUCUCUGCUGUCACCAUCCCCAGCAUGGCCACUGGGCAACAACUGCCAUCCAGCCUGCCCGCAGGGUGGCCCCGUGUGCACUGCUGGCCAGUCCUUGCUCUUCCCACCUUUCGGAGGCCCAAGAUCCUACCGUGGCCGGCCAGGGCCAGCGAGGGACCCCCCUGCAGAGCUGGAGGUUGGGGUGAUGUCUUUUUGGAAGAACUUCAAGGGAGGUGUUGGGGCCUCCCUGGCCACCUUCCAUUGCUACCCCAGGAUUCCCGAGUGCAACGCUCCCGGUGCGCGUCCCACAGACGGCUCACCGCACACUGCGCGGCUUCCACCUUUACUGACGGAGCAUGUGCGCGGCCGCGCCGGCCAAUCCCCGGCGCCCACGUCAUCUGCCCGCGCCCGCCGCCCUAGCAAUGGAUCUCGUAGGCGACUGGCGGGGGCACGCGGAGUCCCGGCCCCGCCCCCUCUGCUGGUCCGCAGUCCGCCGGCGCCUCCGCCGGACCCUCGGCGAAGAGCGGCUUGGAGCGGUUGAUAACGAACAUCUCGUGUCCGCGCUCGUCGCGGAGCUCCUCUAGCUGUGCGAACGUGCAGGGGCCGUCCGAGUAGUCGUUGACGAACAGCGCGCCCUCCCCCGGUGGCCCCCGCGCCUUUUUUCGCCUGCGGCGCCGGCGACAGAUCAUGGCGACCAGGAGCAGCGCCGUGAGCGCCAGCAGCGCGAUGGCCGCCGCAAUGGCCGUCUGCGUGGCCAGGCCCAGGGCGCGGAAGGCCAUGCUUCCCGCCUCGGGCCGGGGCUCGCGACCAGCGGGGCGGGCGGCCGGAGGUGGCGGUUGCGCGGGCUGCUGCGGCUGCUGUCGGGACGCGUUGACCAGGAGUCGGAAGGGCACGCGGGCAGCGCCACCAGCAUUGGAGGCCUCGCACUCGUACUUGCCGGCAUGGGCCAGCGUGAUGUUGCUGAGGAAGAGCAUGCCGCUGCCCGUGUCGGAUGCCGAGUGUCCGCCCAGGCCCGGCGCCCCGCCUUCUAGCUGGGCCUGGGCUUGCGGCCGGCCCUCGCGAGGCUGGGGCACCUUUCUCCAGGUCACCAAUGGCUGCGGGUAGCCGGAGGCUUGGCAGGCAACCCGCAGGUCCUCACCCAGGUUGGCUGUGAGCUCCAGCGGCUGCACGUGGACAGAGGGCGGAAUGCAGAUGAGGCUGCUGUGGGAUACGUCCAGGAGACUCUGGAGCGCCAGGCGCGGGGGCUCUGCACACAUAAUCUUCCUGUCCCUGGAGGUGAGCAGCCGCUGGCCGCCCUCCUUGAUCCAGGCACCCAGCCAGUGCAGGGCGCAGUCACAGCGCCAUGGGUUCUCUGUGGGAGAGCAGCAUCAGGCAGGUGGCUUGAGGAUGGUGCUACAACACAGCCUGUGCAGUUGGGGUUCUGCGGGCCAGGGCAGGGGCCUCUUUCCCACCUACCACAGCCUUUUCACACGGAGUCCAAGGCCCCUGCCACCCCUUCCUUCACCCCAAGCUCCUUGGGGCGGCAGCAGCCCUUCACCCCCGCCCCGCCCCCCUCCGCUUUAGCUCUGUGAUGCCUGUUACAGAUCACUUCUGCGUCAGUCUCUGAGAAAGCACCUGCUCCUCAAAUCUUCCUGCAACAAGUGCCACUGUUUUUAGGAACCUGGGCUUCCACAUAGGCAUCUCACCAGCACUGAAACCUCACAAGUCCUCUCAGCCUUGUCUUUGGAUGUCCUCUCGGGAAUGUCCCCAGUCCUGAUCAGCUGUCUCUCUCCUUUGCAAUUUUUGCCUCCCCUCUGAGGGCCUAAAAGUGUACAGAAUCCUCAACUCUGUUAAGUCACCCUGUGGGGUUCCUGUCUUGUCUUCCUCAGGCAGGAUGCCUGAGCUGUAUCCCCCAACACGCCCAUUCCCGCAGCCCUCCACUGUGGCUGCAGGCGGUGGUGCGGCCCUCCAGACUGCUGCCCAGUUGCCUGCUAUCAAAGCCCCUCCACACAUGAGCCUGUUCCCUACUGCCACCACCUGGCCAAGACAGAGACACUUUCCGAGGAAGAGGUACCUGUGAGGCGCAGGACUUGCAGACUGGCCAGGGGCUGCAGCGCCUCUCGGCUGAUGGUACCCAGCUGGUUCCUGCUGAGGUCCAGCAGUGCUAGGGAGGACAGCCCCGCUAGAGCCUGGUCCUCCAGCAGCUCAAUGCUGUUUUCUUGCAGGUGAAGCUCCUGCAGUCGCUGAAGUAGGGACAGCAGAUCGUGAGGAAAAAGGGCGCCGAGGUUGGGGGCAUGCCCCCCCUUCUUACCAAGCUACACUACGUUGCCUUUUCUAACUACUCCUGCCCUACAGGGCGAGCGGCCAUAAUGGAGUCUCCCGCCCCUUCAGACCCCAGGCGCUCACCGGCAGGUGCAAGAAGGUGAAAUCCAGCAGCCGCGCCAGCUGGUUGCCCGCCAGGUAGAGCACGCGCAGCUGGGCCAGGCCUGCGAAGGCGCCGCUGCGCAAGGCGCGCAGCCGGUUGCUGGUGAGCGCCAGCUCCAGCAGGCGCGGCUGCGCGCGGAAGGCGCCGGCCUCCAGGGCGCGCAGGCUGUUGUUGUGCAGGUAGAGCCGCCGCAGAGCGGCGAGCGGCGCCAGGGCUCCUGGCUCCAGGCGCGCGAUGUUGUUGUCCUGCAGGAACAGUGUCUGCAGGCCGGGGAAAGGGGAGGCGCUUACCCCGCUGCGGGGGUCUUCUCCCUGGGGGCACCCUGUCCUCCCGCAGCUCCACACAGUGCCCACCUGCGUCCCUGGCGGGAUUCCCAGCGGGACGACACGCAACCGCAGGGCGCCGCACUCCACUGUGGCGCUGUAGCAGCGACAGGCUGCUGGGCAGCCAGCGGUGCGGGGCGGCAGUAGUAGCAGCAGCAGCAGCAGCAGCAGCGCGGGGGCCCCCGGGGCCAUCUCCCGAGGCCCAGCUCCUCACCGGCCCUUCCGCGGUUCAGCCGCGGACGCGUGACCUCCUGAAACACAGGUUGGCAGGCCAGUCUCGGCAGUCGAGAGCCAGCCAAUAGAUGGAAUGGAGGCCUGCACCUGCGUCUAACUUUUGACACUAUAAAUCGGUUCAAGAAACUAAUAAAACGUUUGGUUUUCUCCUUUGA